AUUUUGUUUACUUCUUUCUCAGAUCAAAUAAUCUAAUCCCAUCGCUGUUUUUCUUCGGUCCUCACUUUUCGCAGCGGCUCCACUCGUCUUCCACAUCAGUCACAGCCAACUGCAGUUGUAGUUUAUCUUGAAAUUGGAGACAUAGUUUGAAGGGAAGCUUCCUUGCUAGCCCAGGCUUUGGAAGCUUAAAACAACAGUUCAGACCAACAUCCAGUUCUAAUUCUAUAAUUUUCCCGUAAAUUCUUCCUUCCAUUCCAUGGCAAAUCCUUUCUCAGAUUUCAAGUACUCAGAUGGUCUAACUGUAGUGGGCAUCUCCUUCUGCACAGCUAUUGUUUGUGAGGCUAUCUCAUGGGUUCUGAUCUACCGCACCAAUUCAUACAAGAACCUUCGCUCUUCAAUCGACAAAGCCUCCAAGAAGCUUGAGACAAUGAAGACAGAGAGCAACAAAAUCAACAUCAAGAAGUCUAAGACCAAAAAAAUUGACCGUGUUGAGACAAGCCUGAAAGAAUCCAGUCGUGACUUGUCUCUCUUCAAAUUCAAGUCUGGGGGUGUGGUUGCGCUAGUUCUCUUUGUGGUCUUUGGUUUGCUAAAUUCACUCUUUGAAGGCAAGGUAGUUGCCAAAUUACCCUUUAAACCUUUUGGUCUUGUUAUGAAGAUGAGCCAUCGAGGGUUACAGGGUAGUGACCCCACUGAUUGUUCCAUGGCAUUUCUAUACUUCUUAUGUUCCAUUAGCAUCCGAACAAAUUUGCAGAAGUUCUUGGGUUUUGCACCACCAAGGGGUGCAAGCGGCAGCCUCUUUCCCAUGCCCGAUCCGAAGACCAGUUGAUCAUGUUUUGCUAUGUAUUGUAAACCUUUAUUCCCUUAUUUUUAGGUUGAAGAUAAUCUGGAGCCGCAUAACUGUAGCAAUUUAUGAUUUAUGACCGGGUUCUUAAUGCAACCAUCAUUUCCGUUUUUAUAACUGGUGCUGAAGGUCGUUAAUUUCCAAUUUCAGUUUUAAGAUCA